AUGCUAAUCGGUACGUGCACGCGGCUGGCCAUCGUGGCUGCCGUCUUCCUCUUCGCGGCAAUCUUCCUAGUUCCCCAGCUCCCUCACGUGGGCUACAACGUGCCCACCCAGCUCGACCACAACACGCCAACGACCGACGGCAAAGAUGCUUCGACCGGCCCCGGUAAAUUGAAUGCUCCCGUCGGUGGUCAGGCGAACAGCCCAAACGCGAUCACGUCUUUGGAUGCUGUUGCUACAUCGCAAAGCUUAGCUGAGAAACCCGCGAAGCCAACUCCUGCCUCCGCCAAAGGCGCGAAACCCGACGCGAAGAAGACGGUGUCCAAGCUCGAAGCUGGCCAGGCCCUUUCGCCAUUCCGUCUUGCCUCGCCGAACGGUCGCUACGAACUCAACCUGCUCGACAGUGGGUCCCUUUCGCUCCUCGACACCAAAACAGAGGUCGAGCUGUUCACGUCCGAUACCGAGUACCACUGGCCCGUAUCAUGGCAGGUCGAGCUCACUCAGGAGGGCGUGCUGAUGCUCUCUUGGGCAAAUGAGACUGCUGCUCCGUACGGCGCAACGCCAUGGAUCUCGAACCUCCUGCCUGAAUGCACUUCCGCAGAAACUGGCAAAGAGAAGCCGGUUCUGGAGCUCCUGGACUCUGGGAAGCUGCACAUUCGCGCCGGAAGCAAGACGACGUGCCUCCUCCACCGCGCCACGGACGACAUGGGACGUCUCGCAAUCGUCUAUACCGGAUUUUUGCGCACAUAUCUGAAGACGUGUAAGGAGCAGAACAACAAGCUCGUCAAGACAUGGACUGGAAGCGGCGGCGUCGACGUACACGUAUUUACGUACCUCGAAGACGGCAUCCACGAUUCCGACGACCCGGUGAAUAAGGAUAGCAUAACUAAGCAUCUGAAAUCAUGUUUCGGAGACGCGCUCAAGACUGUGGAGAUUCUGAAAUUGGACGAUGUCAAAGAGAGCGCUGUGGACCCUCCCGAAGUGCUGGUGAAGGAGUGUGGCAACGACAGGCUCAAUCACCAGCUCAGCCAGUGGAAGGCGUUGUACCUUACCAGCCUACAGGUGCAGAGCUACAUGAUCAAGGAGGGCAUAUCUUAUGACUACAUCUACAAGAGCCGCCUCGAUCUCUUGUACUGGGGCGACUCGCCUGCCCUGUCGUCGCUGAAGGUGCCCGAAAACGGCAUCCUUGCACCCCGCGUCACCCUCGAUUGGACCUGGUAUGCUAUGCUCCACGAUGGUGAACUACGUGCAGGCGUCUCGGACAUCACCGCAUUUGGGCGUCCCAACGCCAUGUUCACUUACCUCACGCUCUACCGCGAGUUCAUCCACAUGCGGACCCUGGAGAAGGAGACGGCAAAAUGGAAGGGCUUCAACACCAAGACAAGGGAGAAGAAGCCCGAGGGCCAGGAGAGUUGUACGCCCGAAGGCAUACUGUCGUACUGGCUUCGGAUCAAUGGCAUAGCUGUGAAGACGGACUGGCAGUUCAAAAUGGGUCUGUUACGCGGGGAUGGUGUGGUUAAAUUCUCCUGUCCCGAGGGCAGAGGUUGGCUGUGCCCUGAUUUCAUCCCGCAGGUUCACGACGAUGGAACCCUGUUUCAAUAG